AUGUCAGAAUACUGGAAAUCGGCACCAAAAUUUUGGUGCAAGCACUGCCGCACAUAUGUCCGCGACACGCCCUUAGAAAAGGCCAACCACGAAGCGACCAUCACUCACCAGAACGCCAUCAAGCGCGCGUUACGAGACAUCCACCGUGGUCAUGAAAACGCCGAGCGGGAAAAAGAGCGGGCCAAGGCCGAGGUCGAGAGGCUGAACAGGCUUGUGCCAGGACCGUCCGGAUCAAGCUCUAGCGGGGCCGCCGCGGGUGGGAAGGGCACGAUCCCUGGGCGGACAGCACCUCCCGGUCCCAAAGAGGCCAAGAUUACGGAGACGGAGAGGAAGCGUCAGAUGGAAGAGCUGGCGGGACUCGGCGUAUCAAUUCCAACAGAUUUUCGGGGCGAUAUGGCGAUGCCAGGAGAAUGGACCGUCACGGCUACAAGAGUCAUUGAGGAGAAAACGGAGGCAGAAGCUCUCAAUGCCAAGGCCAUUGGUGUUCGGAAGAGGGAGGCAACGGAAGCUGAGAAGGAAGAGGAGGAGGCCACGAUGCCCGGCGACGGUGAUAAGGAGCUCGACGCGCUCUUGAGCGGGGACUUUUCCAAGCCUGAAAAACUAGAAGAGGCAAAGCACGAUGGAGAUGAGGUCAAAGCUACUCCGGAUGUCAAAGAGGAGGAGCGCGGAACUCCCACGGAGGCGAACCUCGAUUCGGACAGCAAAGCUGGGCUCAAAGCGGAGGAAGCUGCCAACCCGCCAGGAGAAUCGUCGCCCAAGAUGACCCUAGCGGAUAUCCCGGCAGCACCCGGGUCUCUUGAACAAGCGACCGCUGGCAGCGCCGUGCUUGGAAAACGUGCCAGCGCAAAGAGGGCACGCCAACUUUUGACGCGCUUAUUGCGGGGCCAUGUCAAUGGGCUCUGGGAGUUUGACGACGCCCGUCUGACGAUGAGCGAGCUUAGGGCAAUCGCACAGUUAGACCCGGAAGAAGGAUCAAGGCGAGCGCGACUGCUUGUCCUUCGGCCUGAUGUUAGCGAGAUGACAGGGAUUCUCAUAUGGAGGCGCAUCGUUAACCGUCUCGCGAUCCCCGAAACCAUUAUGGCUAUACUCGACCAGGCAGAAAGCCGAAGAAGCUUCACGAAAGUUCAAGAAUCUGCCAUGCCGAGCCAAGACCUCCGGCGACAAGCCAACGCUAUUAUCCGAAGAGAGGCCUGGGUCGGUGACUACCGAGUUUCGGAAACAUCACGAGUGGCCGAGUGUCGGCCUCGCAAGGGCCGUAUUGUGGUGCUGAUGUCGACCGUCGAGGAAGAAUCAUCUGGCAGGGGUCGCUGCAUCUAG